AUGCCGAACUUUUCAUUUUCAACAGCUAGUAAUUUCCUCCGUUUCACCCCUGAAACCUUAGAUGAUAUUAGAAAGGGAAUUGCAGAGAAACAAGAAAAGGCAAGACGUGGUGAACCGAUUGAAGAGGAAAUUAUUCAACCACAGCUCGAUCUAAAAGUCUGCAAAAAGCUGCCUGCUCUGUAUGGAAAACCUCCUCCAUGGCUCAUUGGAGAACCACUGGAGGAUUUGGACCCCUAUUACAAAACUCAUGAGACAUUUAUGGUGCUAACAUCCAGGAGGAGAAUCUUUCGCUUUACAGCCACCAAAGCCUUGUUUUUAUUUAGCCCUUUCAAUCCAUUAAGAAGGCUAGCCAUUAAAAUUUUGACACAUACGUGGUUCAUUGCAUUCAUAACAUGCGUUGUCCUUGUCAACUCUGCACUUAUGACUGUACCUGCUUUUAUGUCCAACUGUAAUGGUUAUGAGCUUUUUUUCGCAGUCACUUAUGCCAUUGAAUUUGCAAUAAAAAUAGUGGCAAGAGGAUUCGUUUGGAAUGAAUUCACCUAUCUCCGAGACCCAUGGAACUGCCUGGACUUUUUUGUUUUAAUUAUGACAUAUGUAGCCUUGUGUAACAGUGCUAUAGGCAACAUUUCAGCUCUUCGGAUUUUCAAGGUUCUGAGAACUUUUAAAGCUGUUUCUGUAUUGCCUGGGCUGAAAGUCAUUGUAGGUUCACUCUUCCAUUCUAUCAAGAAACUUGCAAAUGUGAUGCUGCUAACUGUUUUCUGCUUGAGUGUCUUUGGUUUGGUUGGCCUCCAACUCUUCAUGGGCAACUUAAAAAAUAAAUGUGUCCCCAACACUACAACCAAAGAGGAUAUCAGAAAGAAUAACAACUCUUGGGACGACCUUUACCUAUCCACUAUUUCAUGCUACCUAAUGAAUUACACUUGUGAUCCAUUGUUGUGUUAUAACCUAUCAGAUUCUGGCACGUGUCCUGAUUUCUACAUUUGCGAGAAUUUUGGAGCCAAUCCUGACUAUGGAUACACAAGUUUUGAUCAUUUUGGAUGGGCCUUUCUGUCUUUGUUCCGACUGAUGACACAAGAUAGUUGGGAACAACUUUAUCGGCAGGUUAUCAGAUCAUCGGGGAAAAGCUUCAGCUUGUUUUUUGUGGUAGUCAUCUUUAUGUGCUCAUUUUAUCUCUUUAAUUUAAUCUUGGCUGUUGUAAUAAUGGCAUAUGAGGAGCAAAACAAAGCGACGCUUGCACAUACAAAGGCAAGGGAAUUGUUACUUCAGGAAGCAAAAGAAAUACUACGGAAAGAACAGGAAUCAGCUGCCCGAAAGUAUGAGGUAUCGUCUGAUGAAAACAUGCAAAUGCCAGAGAUAGAAUCCAAUAAAAAGGAACAAAAAAGCAAGAAGAAAAAGAAAUUCAAAAAGAAAAAGCCCAAAACUUACGGAGAGGAUGAAACUAUGUUUUAUUCAACACCUGAUAAAACUCAAAAGGAGCUAAAGGAAAUAUUAAUGUCUUAUAACCUGCCAGCUGACAUAGCUAAUAAUCCAUUUCAAAGACAAAAGUUAACGAGUGCAGCAAAUAUCCUCAGCAAAAGUAUGGAAUGGGAAGAGUCAAAGCUUGAAUUCCCUCCAGGACUGAAACGGGCUGCCCAAAAGUAUCUCAUUUGGAAAUGUUGCCCACUCUGGUUGCAAGUAAAGGAAAUGGUGAAGAAAAUAAUAAUGAAUCCAUUUGCUGAAAUCUUUAUCACGCUGUGCAUUAUUGUGAACACCCUGAUAAUGGCAUUAGAGCACACGCUCUUCUGUCCAGACCAGAUUAAAUUGGGAAACUUGAUUUUCACAGGCAUUUUUACAAUUGAAAUGAUCCUCAAAAUUAUUGCACUUGAUCCAUACUACUAUUUUCAGAACCCUUGGAAUGUUUUUGACUUCCUAACUGCUAUCAUAGGCAUAAUAAGCGUGACAACUAAAAAACGCCUAGCAUUUUUCAGACUGCUGAGAAUCUUCAAGUUAUCCAAGUUUUGGCCAGCCUUGAAUAAACUCAUGAAAAUCAUGCUCAAAUCAGUGGGCCCACUGGGUAACCUCACUCUUGUUCUGAUUUUCACUGUAUUUAUUUUUGCUUUGGUCGGCAAUCAAGGUUUUGGGAACUUUUACAACAAAACUGGGUGUAAAGACUGUGAAGCUAUACCAUUACCAAAUUCUAACUGUUCAAUUGAGAGAGGAAUAUGUACAUUACGGUGGCAUAUGUAUGACUUUUUACAUUCAUUUCUUAUUAUAUUCCGAAUUCUGUGUGGAGAAUGGAUUGAAACUAUGUGGGACUGUAUGCGAAUAACUAAGAAAGAAGGAUGGUGUAUCGUUCUAUUCAUGACGGUCUUGGUGGUAGGAAACCUAGUGGUCCUCAACCUCUUUAUUGCUUUGCUGCUAAGUUCUUUCAGUAGCAGUGCUCCUGCAAUCGAGGAAGAAAAGGAUCCUAACUUGCAGUCGGCCUUUGCUCAUAUUCAUAGUAGAUUGCAAUUUGUCAAGCACUGGCUUUGGGAUCUGUGUUGCAAUGGACUCAUGCAAAAGCUGAAGGCAUCAGGGACACAGAAUAAGAAGGUGACAGUUGCUAUCCCGAAUGCAAACCAGAAAGAGUAUACCACUGAGAUGAAGGAAUUUCAAGAGAACUAUGUCAGCAAUGAAAUCUUCAAAUAUUGGGAUAAGACAACAAUCGAUGGGAACAUGGAGGAUUUUAUGUCAAGCUCUAAUAAAUGUGUUUGUGUCCCCCUUGCUGAAGAUGAGGUUUUUAGUGAUGAGGAAGAAUGUACAGUCACAAAAAUGGAUUACAGUAACCAGAGGUCCGAUCUUGAUACCAGCGGUUCUGAGAUCAGCACAGUAGAUCAAAUUAUUGUUUGCAGCCUUUUGCCUGAAAAGAGGAGAGAACCUGAGGACUGCUUUCCAAAAGGUUGUGCCAAGAUCUUCUCAUGUUGUGUAGUAAAUUCUGAUACAUUUCCAGGUGGCACUUGGUGGAGGUUUAGGAAAACAUGCUUUAAAAUUAUAAAACACAGUUGGUUUGAAUAUUUUAUCAUAUUCAUGAUAUUACUGAGCAGCUUUACUCUGACUUUUGAAGACAUAGACCUUAAAAACCUAAAGAAUGUUAAAACCGUACUGGACUAUGCAGAUAAGGUUUUUUUCUACAUCUUUUUCCUGGAGAUGCUUCUGAAAUGGGUGGCCUAUGGUUUCAAGAAGUAUUUCACCAAUGCCUGGUGUUGGCUUGAUUUUUUUAUUGUAUGUAUUUCAUUGGCUUCCCUGGCGGCAGAGGCUAGAUCAAAAGAAAAGAAUCUUUCACUGUGUGACAAUCGGAGCUCUAUAAAAUCUCUCAGAACUCUGAGAGCCUUGAGGCCGCUUCGAGCAUUAUCCAGAUUUAAAGGGAUUAAGGUUGUGGUGAAUGCCCUUGUAGGUGCCAUCCCUUCCAUUGGGAACGUACUGCUUGUCUGCAUUGUUCUCUGGCUCCCAUUUAACAUCCUAGGAGUAAAUCUAUUUGGAGACAAAUCUGAGAGUGACAGAGCUGGUUUAGUCUGUAAUAAUACAAGCUCCACACGGGUCAAUAAUAGCGUCAACUUUAAUAAUGUUGGAAAUGGAUAUCUGGCACUCCUCCAAGUGGCAACAUUUAAAGGUUGGACGGACAUUAUGGAUGCUGCUGUAGAUGGAUCUGGGGACUGUUUUGAAAGUAAUAAGUAUGCAUACUUCUAUUUUGUGGCCUUUAUCAUAUUUGGAUCUUUCUUCAUGCUGAACCUCUUCAUCGGAGUUGUUAUUGACAAUUUUAACCAACAAAGGAAAAAGAUAAGUGGAGAACUCAUUUUUUUAUCAGAGGAUCAGAAGAAAUAUUACAAUGCACUGAAAAAACUUGGUAACAAGAAACUACAGAAGCCGGUUCCACGACCACUAAACAAGUACCAAGGAUUUUGUUUUGACAUCAUAAACAAGAAAGCAUUUGAUAUUUUCAUUUUAAGUCUCAUUUUCUUAAACGUGGUGGUCAUGGCAGUGGAACAUGAAGACCAAGGAAAGGAAGCUGAAAAUCUUCUUGGGAAUAUAAAUGUAGUCUUUGUUUCCAUCUUUACUGGAGAGUGUAUAAUGAAAAUAUUUGCCUUGAGGCACUACUACUUCAGAGACAGCUGGAAUAUAUUUGAUUUUGUCGUCAUGAUUCUUUCAAUAGCAACUACAUCCCUUAAAGACUUAUUCCCUCCUACUCUCCUGAGAGUCAUUCGGGUAGCCCGAAUUAGCAGACUGUUGAGACUUGUGAGAGGGGCCAGAGGGCUUCGAACUCUUCUUUUUGCAUUACUGAUGUCCCUUCCUGCUCUUGCCAACAUUGGGCUUCUCCUUUUCUUGGUCAUGUUUAUUUAUGCUAUUUUUGGUAUGACUAACUUUGCCUGCUCUGAUUGGAAGUAUGGGAUUGAUAAUACUUUCAACUUCCAAACCUUUGGAAGCAGCAUGCUUUGCCUCUUCCAAAUAACCACAUCUGCUGGCUGGCAUAGCCUUCUCCGCCCAAUGCUCGAGAGUAAUGAUCAAAGCAACUGUGCUCCCAAUUUACACAUAAACCGCUCACUGUUCAAUGGCUCCUGUGUAAACUCGACCAUGGCAAUCACAUAUUUUAUAAGCUACAUCAUUAUAUCGUUCCUCAUCGUAGUUAACAUGUAUGUCGCUGUAAUCAUAGAGAAUUUUAACGUAGCGACUGAGGAAAGCACAGAGCCUCUCAGUGAUUAUGAUUUUGAAAUUUUUUAUGAGAUUUGGGCAAAAUUUGAUCCUUACACAACUCAAUUUAUUGCUUACUCAGAACUUUCAGAUUUUGCUGAUUCUCUGGAAGAGCCCUUACGCAUCCCCAAACCAAACAAUCAGCAGCUUCUCAGAAUGGACCUUCCUAUGGUGAAUGGAAAUAAAAUCCACUGCUUGGAUGUUUUGUUUGCUUUUACCAAAAGGGUGCUGGGGGAAUCUGGAGAAAUGGACUCUCUUGAGGCCCAGAUAGAGGCCAAAUAUGUGAAAGCUAAUCCAAGAAAGUUAUCCUAUGAACCCAUUGUCACGACUCCCAAGCGGAAGGAGCAUGAAUGCGCCAUUAUUAUCCAAAGGGCUUUUAGGGUCUAUCGACUGCAGUGUGCAAUGCAGAAAGCCAAUGACGAGUCUUGUGUGAGUAUCCCUUUGGAAGACAUUAUCGAGGAGGAAGGUAGCUGUGAGUUCAGACCAAAUGAGAGCGAAGACAGUCUGUUAGAUAAAUCCCAGAGCCCGUCUUCUAUAUCUAUUCCUCCAUCUUACAGUAAUGUCAUAGGCACCACUGAUGGCAUUCCUCAAGUGAAGGUUACCGACAGCAGUGAUGAUGACAAGUGA